AUGCAAGAAAUGAAGAGAGCAGAUUUGCGACAAGUAGGUGUAAUGAAGAAUACAGAACAGGCCACCACGGCUGAUCACGUUGAAAACAACCCUGAAAAGGAUUCUGCCAGUGCUCUUCAACUUUUUCUUGAUCGCAUCCCCAUUAACAGUUCAAUCCCUGGCAUAAAAAACGCACCGGGUAAUUCUUUUGCAACAUAUUAUAGACAGUUGUUCUUUUCCAAAUAUGAACGGUUGUCUCCAUUCGAAUGUUAUAGCCCUGAUAUUCAAGGCAAGUUUUCCGAUCGGUAUAUUGGUUUUAUAGAUUUUGCUGCCAUGGUUCUCUGGUCCCUUGAGAAAUGUGAAAAAGCUCGUGUCCCAACUGAUGGCCGUGUUAGUGAGAAGACUGGGGAAAGCAGCCUUUUGUCCUUUCUUGAACAGAAUCCUGAAAUUGGUCACACAAAGGUAGGAGAGUUGGCCAAAUCUUUCCUUUGGAAUCCGUUUUUCCCUGUACGCUUAGAGGAUACCCUCCUCCAUGUUCUGCUGCUGCUUUCGAAGCACCGGCUACAAGUUCUGCCAGUCAUCGAGCAAUCAGAUCUUCAGGUCAUAGGUUUUGUUACACAGAGUGCAGUUAUCCAACUGCUUCUUCAAUCUGAUGGGCUUGAGUGGUUUGAUAGUGUUGCAGAGAAGUCUCUAUCCGAAUUUCGGUUUGAAAAUCAAGAGAGUGUAAGUUGUGUGUAUGGUGAUGAGAGCAUAGCAGAGGCUCUUCACAUCUUGUUUAAAAGUCAAAUAGGUGCAAUUGCAGUCAUAGAUAAGCAGACCCAAAGGCUUAUUGGUAGUGUUAGGAGCAGUGAUGUCUACCUUCUUAUGGAGAAUGAGAAUCUCUUCCACAAUAGAAAGAUUGUAACCGCGGAGGAAUUCAUUCAUAUGGAGACUAGCAAUCCAGAGUGUGAUCCUACUAUUGAACGAAACACAGGAGCUCUUUUAUCAGCAGGGGCUCUUCAUCUACGAAAAAACUUUCUUCCAAGAAUGGACUCGCCAGUCACCAACAAGAAAACUGACACUCUCAAGCAAGCCAUGAAGAACGUAGCGGAGACUAAAAGCAAUUUCAGUUUUCAGGUUGAUGAUUUGCUACGUCCACUAGGUGUCCUCACAUUGAGAGACAUAAUCCUUCAGUUUGCACCGCCCUCUAUGGACUCCAACAUUGAUGGAGGGGGUUUCUUUGAGUCUGUUCUCGAACAGACUGGUUGUCAGAUCAAAGAUGGAACCCUUGUUUGUGAUCAUUAAUGCACUUACUUCUCUGCCUGAUU